AUGCAUCAAACCAGUCGCCUGGAGACAAAAGUGUUGCUGCCAUUGAACGAGAAGCUUCUGGGUCCAUUGGAUCGAAAGCAUCGCGAAGAGAAGCUACCAUCACUGCCCUUUGUGUUUUUAUUGGGCAACCACUCAUCUGGAAAAUCAUCUUUCAUCAACUACCUGCUGCAACGAGACGUUCAGUCCACUGGUGUGGCCCCCACUGAUGACGGGUUCACCAUUAUCGCGCCGGGUAACGCAGAUCUGGACCAAGACGGCCCGGCGCUCGUAGGCGAUCCAGAUCUAGGGUUUUCAGGGUUGCGUAUUUAUGGACCAGCGCUAAUUCAGCGCACACAGUUGAAGGUGCGCAAAGGGAUACAGGCCAAUUAUAUGCUUGUAGACAGCCCUGGAAUGAUUGAUUCGCCGCAAACUCUACCACACCAAUUGCAAGUCGGCUAUGAUGCAAAUAGCAAUCGCUUGUCAAAUCAACAGCAACAGAGCAACAACCCAAAGGGUCGAGUUUCAGACAGAGGAUACGACUUUCCGGAGGUCGUACGCUGGUACGCUGAGCGCGCCGAUGUGAUUCUGCUCUUUUUUGACCCCGACAAACCUGGUACAACAGGUGAAACGCUUUCGAUCUUGACCCGUUCGCUGAUCGGUAUGGACCAUAAGCUACACCUUGUGCUGAACAAGGUAGAUCAAUUUCGCAAGAUCCACGACUUUGCGCGUGCUUAUGGCUCGCUCUGUUGGAAUUUGAGCAAGGUCAUUCCGUUAAAGGAUCUACCGCGCAUCUAUACGAUGUGUAUACCCACCAAUGACAAUCAGAUGCAGGCUGCAGAAGGUCUGGGCGCGUCGAUGAAGGACUUAGAUGCGAUGCGUGAGGAAGUUGUAAAUGAGGUUCAGCGUGCCCCAGAGCGCCGAGUGGAUAAUCUCAUUACUAAUCUAUAUGAUUCAUCUCGGCUGUUAAAAAUGCAUGCUGAGGUCUUCGAAGAUUUACGAGUACGUUAUGCCAGUGAGAAGUGGAGCCGCUCAGCUUUAGUGGCUGCUACGUUCGUGGGAGGCAAUGGCCUUGCGGCCUCAGCUUUGUUUACUGGCGUCGCUAUUGAAGCUACAGCAGGACUGUCGAUUCUAAGUGUGCUGGCAUCAGCUGGCGCAGUGUGGCACAACUCGAAUGUCAUGGCUCAGCUUGAGCGGAAUCUUCUACUUGAAGAGUCAUUAAGUGAACUAUUCCGUCGUCGAUAUGGUCGUCAAUUGGCUGAUGGAGACGAGUACGUGCUUUCUUUAUGGAAGCGUGUGCUACCGUCUCUGCAGGUGGCAAUUCACACGCUUGGCUUCAACAAAUUGCCUAAGCUGAAGAGCUCUGAGAUUGGGGCGCUGGAUAAUAUCAUAAGCAGCGAAAUUCCAAAGCUACGUCGGCAGUGUGCUCCCACAGACAAUAGUUUAGCUCAUCAGAUUGCUAAGAUGUUACGCAAUUAA